AUGAGCGCAGCUUUAGAUCGUGUGGGCCUGAAAGAGCCGCCAGCGGUGCGGCACAAGGAUGCGAUCCCUACGGCCUUUGGCUACAGUGAGCAGCGAUCGGAGCAGGUCAAAGCCUGGUACCAGUUCCGAAAUGCAGCGAACCUCUCCGUUACGGCGAGCUGCUAUGGUGCCAACAAGUACCUUCCGGAGACCAUCCGAGAGAAGAACUGA